AUGGUUUCUCAAGAAUUCACGGAAAAGGCUAAUACUGUCCAAAAUUUAACUAAACGCCCAUCGGACGAUGAGCUUUUGAAAUUGUACGGCUUGUACAAGCAAGCAACUGUUGGCGAUAAUGAUACACCCAAACCAGGUAUGUUUGAUUUGAAAGGAAAAUACAAGUGGCAAGCUUGGAGCGACUUACUGGGAACUUCCCAGGAAGAUGCCGAGACGGAAUAUAUCAAACUUGCAGAUGAAUUGAUUGCUAAAUAUAACUGA